ACCGAUUUUUAUCUACCCUGCAGCCUUGGGGAGCAGUACUACAAAGAUGCCAUGGAGCAGUGCCACAAUUACAAUGCCCGCCUCUGUGCCGAGCGCAGUGUGCGCCUGCCUUUCUUGGACUCACAGACCGGAGUAGCCCAGAGCAACUGUUACAUCUGGAUGGAAAAGCGACACCGGGGUCCAGGAUUAGCUUCUGGACAGCUGUACUCCUACCCUGCCCGGCGCUGGCGGAAAAAGCGGCGAGCCCAUCCCCCUGAGGAUCCACGACUUUCCUUCCCAUCUAUUAAACCAGACACAGAACAGACCCUGAAGAAGGAGGGGCUGAUCUCUCAGGAUGGCAGUAGUUUAGAGGCUCUUUUGCGCACUGACCCCUUGGAGAAGCGAGGAGCCCCGGACCCCCGAGUUGAUGAUGACAGCCUGGGCGAGUUUCCUGUGACCAACAGUCGAGCACGGAAGCGGAUCUUAGAACCAGAUGACUUCCUGGAUGACCUCGACGAUGAGGACUAUGAAGAAGAUACUCCCAAGCGUCGCGGCAAGGGGAAAUCCAAGGGUAAGGGUGUGGGCAGUGCCCGCAAGAAGCUGGACGCAUCCAUCCUGGAGGAUCGGGACAAGCCCUAUGCCUGUGACAAUAGUUUCAAACAAAAGCAUACCUCGAAAGCGCCCCAGAGAGUCUGUGGAAAACGUUACAAGAAUCGGCCUGGCCUCAGUUACCACUAUGCCCACUCCCACUUGGCUGAGGAGGAGGGGGAGGACAAGGAAGACUCCCAGCCGCCCACCCCUGUUUCCCAGAGGUCCGAGGAACAGAAAUCUAAGAAGGGCCCCGAUGGAUUGGCCUUGCCCAACAACUACUGUGACUUCUGCCUGGGGGACUCAAAGAUCAACAAGAAGACAGGACAGCCUGAGGAGCUGGUGUCCUGUUCUGACUGUGGCCGCUCAGGGCACCCGUCUUGCCUCCAGUUCACGCCUGUGAUGAUGGCAGCCGUAAAGACGUACCGCUGGCAGUGCAUCGAGUGCAAGUGCUGCAACAUCUGUGGCACCUCCGAGAACGACGACCAGCUGCUCUUCUGUGAUGACUGCGAUCGUGGCUAUCACAUGUACUGUCUCACCCCAUCCAUGUCUGAGCCUCCUGAAGGAAGUUGGAGCUGCCACUUGUGUCUGGACCUGUUGAAGGAAAAAGCUUCCAUCUACCAGAACCAGAACUCCUCUUGAUGUGGCCACCACUGCCCCCCACGUAUCUUCUAAGGCUGUUUCUCUCCUCCACCUUGUGUUUCAUACCCACCUUUCCCUUCCCCUCUUUCACAAGUUCAGAGAACCUUGGGGUGGUUGUGCCAACCUCCUUUGGCAGCAGCAAGCUGAGGUAGCCGCUCUGACCGCCUCUGGCCCCAGGCCCUCAGGGAGAAAGGAGCAACACACUGCCCCGAGGUGUUCCUGUGGGCAUAGCUUCUCUCUGCUCUCCAUGAAGUGCAUUCACUCUGCUUGCCUUGGGCCCAGGCCCUGGUGAUCACAGGGUUCACACAGUGUCCUCCGAGAAAGAGUGGGGAGCAGCUCACUUCUCUGCUCUGCCUCCACCCUGGUCUCCCGGGUUUUCCCCCAGAGGCGAACCGGGCGGGGCCUCCUCACGCAAAGUAGCAGCUGGAGUGAGCAGGCUGAAGCCCUGCUCGCGAGCUUUCCAUGCCCUUUGUGCGGCUUAUCCUUGCCUUGCUCCUCUGGAGGCUCUCUGCGGCCCUCUCUUCCUGCGUGUUCCUGCUACACAGGGUCCUUUGCUUGGGCCUGGACACUCGGUCACCUCCUGGCUCUGCCCUGCCCUACUACACCCACCGCGGGGAGGAGCAGCUGCUCCUCUUUCUUCCCUGUGCGCUCCUGGCUCGCUCUCACAGCAGUCUCCAGUGACCGAAGUGUUCUCCACCCUUGGAACUUCCCGUCUUCUGCUUCCCUCCUUGUUCCCUUUGGUUUUGUGGAGAGAGAGGAAGCAUGGGGGCCGGGCCAGCAGCUUGGGGGCCGCAGGGAGACGUUGGAUAAUGUGCCUGUUUUUUAACAUGACGAAAAAGCCUACCUCCAAAAUCCCCUUUUUGUUCUUCCCGAACCUGGGCAUUCAGCCUCCUGCCCUUAACUGAAUCAGGAGCCUCUCCUCCCACCCUGUGUAUCCAGGCUCCUGGGUCAUGGGGAAGCUACUUAGACAUCCCUUUCUUCCCUUGCACGCUCGCCAGCAGCUGGUAAGGUCUUCACGCCCAAAUUCCUCAAGUGUUCUGCUUAGUGGCACUGACAUUAAGUAGCAGAGGGGGCAGUCCAUGCCACGAUGCUCUGAGUAGCCUUCCCCCUUGGCCGUGGGCAGGCCCUAACUCGCUGUCGCUUUGGAGUUGAGGUGUCUUUUUUUUUUUCUUCUUCCUUUAGUUCCUGUAUUCUAAACAUUAGUAAAAAUAAAUGCUUUUACACAGA